CGGACGUGCAGCAGGUGCUGGCACAAGCCCUGGCUGGGACGUGGGGCUCGCUCGAGCAGGCCCGCGCGGGGGCUCGGGGUCGGUCAGCGGGCCGCCGGGGGCCCAGGAAUCCGGGAAGCUGCACCCCUGCGUCCAGGGGAGGAAUUGUCCAGCAGCAGGGUGCUUGGGGCCAGCUCGUUCUCUCUUUGUCCAGAGCCUUAUGUAAGAGCAUUUCUCGGGAAACAGGAAGUCCUGCUUGCCAAGUUCAGCACAGGGAGUAGCGCAGGCCUUAUUCCAACACACCCGGCCUGGCCUUAACCCCAGAACGCAGCCGGUUGCUUCUUGCUUCCGCGACCCUGGUUUUCCUCCUCACUGACCCCCUCCCCUCCUUUCCCACCUGCCGUCCCUCUUAGCAACCGCCCCGGAGAUCUCGCCUGGGCCCUGGCCAGAGGGUCUUCCACGCUCACCCCCUGACCUCCACGCUGCCCAGCUUGCCCCUCCGUUCUGGCUCCUGGCACCAUGCCCCACCGCCAACCAACCUUCCCUCCCCCACUUCUGGGGCCGCCCCGGGGUUCCUACGCUCUGGCCGCUCCUCCUGGGUGUCACUGGCAGCCCCGUGCUUCCUAGAGAAACUGACACUAAAUUCUCCUGAGGCUGGCGGAGGGUCUCGGGACAACACUGGCCCCGCAGCAGGGUGCCAGGAGCACCAACAGUGCCCUGAGCUUGCUUUCUGCCUCCGUCCUUUUCAUUCUCAAGUUCCUUUUUAUUUCUCCCUUGCGUAACGCCCUUCUUCCCUUCUGCACCCCCACCCUCCCGGUCACCUCCUUGCCACCCCACUCCUGAGCCCACAGCUGUUGGCAGGGUCCCCAGCUCAUGCCAGCCUCAUCUCCUUCCUUGCCAGCCCCUAAAGGGCCCCUGGGAGACAUGGCCCCCAUCCGAGAGCCGGCUCGCUCCGUUGCCCUCUGGUUGAGUUGGGGGGCGGCUCUGGGGGCUGUGGCUUGUGCCAUGGUUCUGCUGACCCAACAAACAGAGCUGCAAACCCUAAGGAGAGAGGUGACCCGGCUGCAGAGGACCGGAGGGCCCUCCGAGAAGGGGGAAGGGGAUCCAUGGCAGAACCUCUGGGAGCAGGAACAGAGCCCUGGCGGCGCGGAAGCCUGGGAGAACGGGGAGAGAUCCCGGAGAAGGAGAGCCGUGCUCACCCGUAAACAGAAGAAGGACUCGGAUGUGACAGAACUCAUGUGGCAACCAGCUCUCAAGCGUGGGAGAGGUCUGGAGGCCCAAGGAUACUUUGUUCGAGUCUGGGAUGCUGGAGUUUAUCUGCUGUACAGCCAGGUCCUGUUUCACGAUGUGACUUUCACCAUGGGUCAGGUGGUAUCUCGGGAGGGCCAGGGAAGGCAGGAGACUCUAUUCCGAUGUAUUCGAAGUAUGCCCUCCAACCCCGACUGGGCCUACAAUAGCUGCUACAGUGCAGGUGUGUUCCAUUUACACCAAGGGGACAUUCUGAGUGUUGUGAUCCCCCGGGCCAGGGCGAAACUCAGCCUCUCUCCACAUGGAACCUUCCUGGGAGUUGUGAAACUGUGAUUGUGUUGUAAAGGUGGUUCUGAGCUUGGAAGACCAGGGUGGGUACAUUUCGGAGACAGCCAAGAGCCGAGGAGACAAAGGACAGGGAACAGGCAGGAGCAGAGGCCUGUUCAGAGUUUGACUGGAACCCCAGGUUUGACAGCUCCUGACUCUCCCUUCCUCCUCCUGCUCCCCUCCCCCCCCGGGGGGGUCUUUAAAUUCAUGGAUAUUAAAGAGACAGACUAUCGUUUUCUUUUUUUUUUUUUUUAAGUUCUCCAUCCAGCCCCAAAUUGAGGGAGUUGGGGGGGGGGAUGUCAGGCAUUGUCUAGACUUGCUCUGGAUUCCCACUGGAAUGCUUCCAGAACAGCACCACCAUCUAGCGGCAGUUUGAGACAAUCAUCUUGCCUGUGGGCAGAAGUCACGAAGCCUCCCUCCACUCAGAAGAAUCCUGGUCCCCUGUGCCACACCUCUCUCCAAGUACCCUCUGCCUCUUCACCCUACUGGCAACCUCUUCCUCACUUCCCUUUCUCCGUCUGUCGGGCCCCAGUUGCCGUCACUAUUAUCAGAGAUGUAAUUAUUAUGUGCCCGACAACGACGAUCCCCUCGCAGCUACAUUACUCAAGUUUUGCCUGUGACCCUCUCCAUUGCCGUGGCGCGGCAGGCCACUCUCUAGAGUGGAAAGGUUCACCGGGAAGCCUCGGAUGAAUCAUAAGCCCCAGUCCUGACACUCCUCUCAUCUCUUUCUGCGCAAGCCCUGCCUAAAAUUAAAGAAAUAAAUGAAACCUCAGAUCCA